AUGGCUGCCAACACAAAUGCUCAGACGCGUCCAGAUAUCAUAUCUUCCGUUCCAGAAAUUGAAUUAGGCUCAAUCUCAACAAAGGACAAACAAGAUGACCCGUAUCUAGUCGCAUUCGCUAAGCCCCAUGACGCAGAAAACCCCAAAGACUGGCCAACGAGCCGCAAAUGGCUCGUGACUGAUGUCCUCUCUGCGACCGGAUUCAAUCGUAUCAUGGUAUCGACGAUUAUGGCACCGGCUCUUUCCAUAAUCGCCAAGGAAUUCAACAUGAAUUCAGCAGAGUCCGCCAUGGCACUCUCUAUCUAUCUUUUGGCUACUGCAUUCGGGCCUCUGGUCAUUGGCCCAUUGUCAGAAGUAUACGGAAGAAAGCCCGUCUUGCAUGCCUCGAACGUCUGGUUUCUGAUCUGGAAUAUUGCCUGUGGAUUCGCGAAUAGCAAGGAGAUGCUCAUUGCGUCUCGCUUUCUGGCUGGUUUCGGUGCUAGUUCUAUCUACGCCCUGGCGAGUGGUGUGCUUGGCGAUGUAUGGAGGCCUGAGCAGCGCGGCCGCUCCCUGGGAGUCUAUUUGUUAAUCCCUUUAUUGGGUGCUGCUGUGGGUCCCAUCAUCGGCGGCUUCAUGGCCGGUCGCACAACCUGGCGAUGGAUGUUCUGGGCCACCUCAAUAUUCCAAGUUGUGAUGGUUCUCGUCUCAUUUUCGGCAUUUUACGAAACUCAUGGACCAACUAUUCUCAAGGCUCGGGCGGAGCGUCUUCGCCGAGAAACCGGCAAUCAACAACAUUAUACUGCAGAUGAGCGCCUCCAUUCAAACAAAUCACCCUACUUUGUCCUCGGUCGAGCAUUGAUAAGACCGCUACGACUCCUCGCCUUCCACCCAAUAAUACAAAUCAGCUCGCUGAUCUCCGCUUUCUAUUACGGCAUUCUAUACAUUGUCCUAUCAACAUUCUCAGACCUAUGGAUAACCCAAUACCAACAAUCAGUCGAGAUAAGCGGCCUGCACUAUAUUUCCUGCGCACUGGGCGAAAUCGCAGGAAGCCAGAUCGGAGCAAAAGCAAUGGACGUUCUAUACCGUCGACAAGCUUCCCGUCCAAACAGCGAGCACGCACCCGAGGCCCGGCUAUACUUAGUAUUCCCCGGUGCGCUACUUGGACCUCUUGGCCUGUUUCUGUAUGGAUGGGCUGCUCAGAAUCGGUUGCACUGGGUGAUUGUCGAUGUUGGGAUUUUCAUCAGCAUGUUUGGGAUGCAGAUGACGGGAAUGCCGUUGCAGGCGUACGUGAUGGAGUCGUAUCCCGAAUACACGGGUAGUGCGGGUGCAGCAUCGCAGUUCGUGCGCAGCCUGACGGCUUUUUUGUUUCCCCUAUUUGCGCCGAGGAUGUACGAGGUGCUGGGGUAUGGAUGGGGCAAUAGUACGAUUGGAUUUAUUGGGUUGGCUUUUGGGCUGCCGGCACCAUUGGCAAUCUUGUUUUUUGGAGCACGACUUAGAGCUAAAGCUCGGCCGAGCUGCUGA